AUCUCCGUGGCUCUUGUCGAUGAAGGAAAUCGGCGUCCUUUGUAUCGGUUACUCUCGUCGACGAAGGAAGCCGGCGACAUCUCUCUCCUUGUGGCUCCCGGAGACGAAGUCAGUCGGCGACAUGUCUAUCCGGCGGCUCUCUGAGACGAAGGAAAGCGGCGAGAUCUCUCUCAUGGUGGCUCUCGGAGUGUUUAGGAAAGCGGUGAACGGUGACAUCUCUCUCCUGGUGGCUCUCGGAGACGAAGGAACACGGUGGCUGUCUCUGCGCAGGUCAAUGGAAAGAUGGAUUGAUCAAGAGGCUCGAGAUGGAGUGAUCAAGAGGCAAGAAUGAGGUCCCCGUCAGAUAAAACCCCGACGAUUGUUCAUACAGGU